GCGAGAAGUAAAGCGAAGCGGACGUGUUCAGAGUGCAGUCUCGAAUAGUUCUGCCAUAUCCAGUUGGCUUCAGAUUUUGAACACAAUUUCCAUCUUCACGAACGCGCACCGAACGCAAGCGUCCCUUACUUAGCCGCAUUGAUCUGCAGAAGAACCGAAGCGAAGCGUUCAACGAUCGUAAAAUGGCGGCAGGAAAAGCGGGAAAGGAUUCGGGCAAAGCCAAGGCCAAAGCAGUGUCGCGUUCGGCGCGUGCCGGAUUGCAGUUUCCCGUCGGCAGAAUGCAUCGCCAUCUGAAGCAUCGCACCACCAACCACGGACGCGUCGGAGCGACGGCUGCUGUCUAUUCGGCGGCCAUUCUGGAAUAUCUGACCGCCGAGGUACUCGAGCUGGCUGGGAACGCGUCGAAGGAUCUGAAAGUGAAGCGCAUCACACCGCGUCAUCUACAGCUUGCCAUUCGCGGAGACGAGGAGCUCGACGGCUUGAUUAAAGCGACCAUCGCUGGCGGCGGCGUUAUUCCACACAUUCACAAAUCCCUGAUCGGCAAGAAGGGUGGCCCCGAGUAAAUUUUCCCGCGCGAUUCUAGUUCUUUUAAGAUGUGUGUAUCCAUUAUUUACAAUUUUAUUUUUUGUUAUUAAGCGGUAACCUCUUCGGACCUGACGUUUGACAGUACCGAAUUUGGCGCCAGAACUAAGCGUUGGUAAAAUGUCAAUAAAUUCCCCCUUCAAUAGAGUGUAAAAACGGCUUAUCCAUUAUUUCGGGCUGGCUUUGGCGAUAAGAUGUGCUGUUUCGGCGCGCGCUGCGUGGCGGCGUAUAUGCAAUGUAAUAGGAGACACAAUUUGUCUUUUUUUCAGGCACCGCUGUCACUUGAAAUUUGGCGUAAACGCGCACAGCACAUGAGACGCUUAAUUUCUUCUAAUGUUGAA